AUGCGCUGCCGGGCCGGCGUGCGGCUGGCGCUCGGCGGCCAUCGGAUGAGCGACUUCGCCGGCGCCGACCUGGUGGUCAAGAACCCCGGCGUGCCGCCGGACUCGCCGUUCCUCGCCGCCGCGGCCGCCGCCGGAGCCGACGUGCAGACCGAUCAGUCGCUGUUCCUGGCCCGCUGUCCGGCGCCGGUGCUGGCAGUCACCGGCAGCAAGGGGAAGUCGACCACCGCCGCCGCGCUGGCGGCAAUCCUGCGCGAGGACGAACCGGACACCCGGCUGGAGCACAUCGGCGGGUCGCCCCUGGAGUUCCUGGAGAAGCUCCGCGAUCACACCCCGGUGGUGCUGGAGCUGUCGUCCUGGCACUGGAACCGAUACGCUUCGAUGGAGGAGUAUCUGCAGGACAAGCGCGUCAUCGCCGAGGGGCAGCCUCCGGAGGCGACGCUGGUCCUCAACGCCGACGACCCGUGGCACCGCCGCUUCGCGGACGGUGCGGCCGCCCGCAUCGUGCUGUUCUCCACCCGGCACCGCCCGGCAGGGGACGGCGCCUGGAUGGAGGACGGCACGGGCCGCAUGUCAGUCCGAGGCCGGCUCGGCGUGGCGUUCGACCCCGCACGCGGCCCGGGCGGCCUCCGCGGCUACGCCAUCGGGGCGAACCUGCUGGCGGCGGCCGCGGCCGCCGCGGCGUUCGGCAGCGAUCCGGAGGCCAUACGCCGCGCCCUGAGCCGCUUUGCCGGACUGCCGCACCGGCUGGAGCCGGUGGGCGCGGUGGCCGGCUUGCGUUUCGUCAACGACUCGGCCGCCACCAUUCCGGAGGCGACGGUGGCGGCGUUGGCCACCGUGCCCCCAACUGUGGUGCUACUGGCCGGCGGCGCCGACAAGGAGCUGGAUUUCUCCAUCUUGGCCGCUACGGCAGGCUCGCUACCCUCCGGAUCCCUGCGUCGCUGCGUGCUGCUCGCCGGCAGCGCCACGGCCAAGCUCGACACGGCGCUGCGCCGGGCAGGCGUGGGGUGCGACGGGCCGUUCGAUUCGCUGGAUGAGGCGUUCGAGGCCGCGCUGCGCGCAGCCGUUCCCGGCGCGACGGUGCUGCUCUCGCCGGGCUGCGCCUCGUUCGGCAUGUUCCGCAACGAAUUCGAGCGCGGCGACAGCUUCCGGGCGCUGGUGCGGCAGCACGCCGCAACGCGUUGA